AAGAGGACAAAUGAAGUGUGUAUGGUUGGUUGUUAAUUAUCACUAUUUAGACGUCUUUUACACAAAUGACAAGAUAAAAGUUGCAAUCUUUCUGUAAUAUUCUGGGAUAUGAAAAACAAUGCCGACCAGGGUUCUUUACAAAAAUAAAUAAAUAAAUAUUGUACUGCCGUAGUACCCACCGGAGUUUUAAGCCGGCCAGCUUUGGCGUUGGCGAUGGCGAUAGCAGAGGUUGCUCGAACUGCACCGUUGACAACCGCUCUAAUCCCGAUUAACCAUCGGAAACCGCCGGUGCCCAAUUCUAUUUACUAUUUUUCAAGGCCGCUAUGCCGGAAUAUCUCUGUUAAUGCCUCGUCGGAAUCAGUAUCGAGAAGAACAGCUACAAGAAGAGCUGUAUCUUUCUUGCUCGCUGCUUCAUUCUCUGGCCUAACAAAGUUCUUGAUUGACCCUCUUCCUUGUUGGUCCGAACCCACAACAAAACAAGGCUUCGUGGAGCUGCCGGAUUCUGGUGGGGUCAAGGCUUUGGACCUUCGAAUUGGGGAUGGAGAUAUCCCUGUUGAUGGUGAUAAGGUCGCAAUUCAUUACUAUGGAAGGUUGGCUGCAAAACAAGGAUGGCGGUUUGAUUCUACAUAUGAUCACAAAGAUGCAACUGGUGAACCCAUUCCUUUUGAAUUCAUUCUCGGCUCAGGAAAAGUCAUAUCUGGAAUUGAAUCAGCAGUCAGAUCCAUGAGAACUGGAGGUAUUCGUCGUAUCAUUGUUCCACCUUCUGAAGGCUAUCAGAGUACAUUUCAAGAACCGAUUCCACCUAAUGUAUGUGAUUCCAUUGGGGUAACUCAUUCAUAUUUCUUUGUUUGAAAACUCCUAAAUGAAACCAUCUAACCUGCAGAAAUUUGAUUUCAUUUCCUUUAAGUACCACAAACUACAAUGCCUGCUUGCUUUUCUGUACCAAAUUUAUACCUCAAAUUUGGUUUUAUCGUUGCCUGCAGUUUUUUGAUAGACAGAGAUUAUUUACAACCAUUUUCAAUCCAACCCGUCUUGCUAAUGGAGAAGGCUCAACAUUGGGGACACUCAUAUUUGAUAUUGAGUUGGUCAGCUUGAGACACUGAGAAUCUUGUGAAUCAGGUGUAUUUAAUCCUCUCUCAAAUUAUAUCCCGGUGCAAUGAAAUAUUUGUGGUGUAUGGUAGCCUUUAGGUUCUCUUAGCAGGAUUUCAUUAUCUUUGUCAAUUUUUUAAGUACCUGAGCUGAGGCCGUUGAGAUUCCUUUAAAGCUUUCUGGUGACAGUUUGGCAUUGAUAGGUUUGGAAGUCCUCAAAAUGCACAUGGACUAAGACAACACCAUUGCCUUCCAUGAAUCCGUAGCAGAAUGAAGGCGAAUGUAGAGAUUAGGUUGGGAAGAUGAAAACGAAGCUCUUUCAAUUCCAUAUUGCAUAGUUUUUGAAAUCAAAGAGCAGAUUCAUCUGAACCAGCUGUAGCUGUUGUUUAGAUAGUACCAAGCUUAAUAGACUACUUCCUUUAGAACAUUUGUACAUGCAAUGAAGAUUAUUCUUGCCUUAAAAUAUGACCUCCUUGUGUUGUGACGACUGAAGGUCAUGAUCCUCCAAUUUGAAUUUGAAAUGAAUAUGCAACAAAAGAAACAUUUGAAAAUCUUGGUUGAUGGACUGAUACUUGUAGAGUUUUGAUGAAUGCCUUUUUGAAGUUGCUUUUGGCUUUUGGCCACUCUGUAAAAGAUUUCUGCCCUGAAUAAGGUUCAUAUGCUUCGG